AAAUGAAUUUACAAUUAACAAGCGUGUCACUUUUGAUCAAUUACCUUUUGGGAGCAAUUUCCUAAGUUGUAAAAAUGAAUUUACAAUUAACAAGUGUCACUAUUGAUCACUUAUCCAUAGAUUCACAUGUUUUCUACCUCUACACCCUGGAAGUUUCUCCUUUAGUUUUAUAAUCGCCUAAAUUUCCUAAUGGUUUCUCCUCCCUGAAACAUUCAUUGAGUUUUCUAUGACCAUUGAAUAAUUUUUUAGUUUAAAUUUCAAUCUCUCUCAAUUUUUUUAUUUUGCUAAUAUGGAGAAAAUCGAAGAAAAUAGAGAAAACAUGAGGAAUGUGGAUCUGAAUGUAGCGUGUUUAUUGAACGGUGAAUCAAGUGGAUCACAGAGAAGUGUUGCUUCAAAUUUGACUGAUCUUGAAACCCAACAAACACCUAAUCAAUGGGAAAGUGCUCAAGAAGUCAGAGAGAAGCUGAGGUACUUCUUGCACAACAUGCCUUGUGUUGUUUAUGACUCACCAAAUGGAAAGAAGACUAAAGGAUACUUAUUAUACUCGUCUGUGAGGAGAGAAGAUCUAAAGAUAGUUUGUAGUUGUCAUGCUAAUUUUCUAACCCCCGCUGAAUUUGUGAAACAUGGUGGUGGAGGUGACAUUGAAAACCCUUUAAAAUAUAUAGAUAUAGUUCUUGCCUGAAAAAUGGACUAGUUGCUUUAUUAUGAUUGUUAUUUGAUCUUUUCUUUUGUUGUUGUACUAAAUAAGUCCAAUGUCUAUUGCCCAAAAAGGCCUUAGAUUUGAUGUCGUUGUUAUUUGAUCUUUUAUUUUGUUGUAGAAGAGUAAGUCUCUUCCAUUAAAACUAUAUUAAGGUUAUU